AUGAGCAGACUAGUCGUCUUCUUGUGUGUACUGCAUUGUGCUGUCAGCUAUAAAGUUUUAAUUUGCUAUCCUUUCCCGGCAAAAAGUUUGGACAUCUUAGGCGAAGGUAUCGCGAGACAUUUACUUGAAGCUGGUCAUGAGGUGACAUACAUAACUGUAUAUCCUAAGCAAUUUACACAUCCGAAGUUGCAACAAAUCGACGUCAGUGCAAACGUACAAUUAAUAGAGAAUGAUGAAUUCAUGAACAUCACUUACCUUCUGGAAAGUAAUGUUGAAUUGGAUAAUGAUGUAGAGUACCUUCAAGAGUUAGCAUAUCAAGUAGCUGUAAACACAAUGGAAAAUGGUAACAUAAGAAAACUCUUAGGGGAUCUUAAAGUAACAUUUGACGUUGUCAUCAUCGAUUUGGAAAUGGAGAUUUACACAGGUAUACCAGCUUUGUAUGAUGCUCCUUUAAUAUGGUCUUAUUCCCUGGGAGCCCACUCGACAGCCCUUAGAUUGAUUGAUGAUUCCCCAAACCCAGCAUACUCUACGGACUUCUUUACAGCAGUUUACCCACCGUUCAGCUUCACAGAGCGAUUCUGUGUGUUAUAUGAGUUCUUGAAAUGGCGAUACAUUAAGUACUUUAAAAUGAUACCGAAAGAAGAAAAGUUUUACAGAACAAUAUUUGAACCGUAUUUUACUAUGCGAGGAAAACAGUUAUAUGAUUAUGAGGAUUUGAUAUACAACGCAUCAUUGGUCUUGAGCAAUGACCAUCACGCGAACGGCAAAUCUCCCAGCACACCACAGAAUUGGAAGCUAGUUGGGGGAUACCACGUACAUGAUCCACCUUUACCCUUACCCAAGGACUUACAAGAAUUGAUGGACGAAUCAAAACAUGGAGUUAUCUACUUUAGCAUGGGGUCAAUGUGGAAAAGUGAAAUGAUGCCUACGAGGCUAAUAAAAGAUUUAUUAAAGAUGUUUGGAGAUUUAAAGCAGACGGUCUUAUGGAAAUACGAAAGCGAAUUGCCUAAUCUACCGGAGAACGUUUACAUUCUCAACUGGGCACCUCAGCAAAGUAUACUUGCACAUCCCAACUGUAAGGUAUUCAUAUCACACGGUGGCUUUUUAUCUUCAACUGAGGCUAUUCACUUUAGUGUCCCAACAAUUGGUAUACCAAUAUCUUACGACCAAUUUGUCAACAUCGACAAAGCAGUCAACAGAGGAUAUGCGCUCAAAGUCAGCUUGACCUAUGAUUUAGCGAAAGAUCUGAAACCUGCUAUAGAAAGUUUGUUAAACAAUCCCAAGUACAAAGAGAACGUGAAGGCUUUAUCAGCUAUUUACCAUGACCGGCCAGUACCUCCUGGUAAAGAGUUAGUACACUGGGUAGAGCACGUAGUAAGGUCUCGUGGAGCUGUACACUUAAGGUCUAUCGCCUUAGACGUGCCAUUCUACCAGAAGGCGUAUUUAGACGUUAUAGUUCUAGCAUACUUAGCUAUUAAAUUCAUUAGGUACAUCUUGAAAGCUUUGCUCCCAAAACAACAUAGGAGAAACAAAAAAACGAAAACCAAAUAAAGAGCAAUUUGCAUUGUAAU